ACCAUUCAUAAACCAAAACAAAUAUGGCUAAUACACUUGCAGAGCUAAUAUUCAUCCCUGCUCCAGGUGUUGGUCAUAUCAUGUCAACCGUCGAGAUCGCCAAAGUACUUGUGAAUCGCGAUCAACGUCUCUCGAUAACCGUCCUUGUCAUCAAACCUCCUAGUGUAGAUUCUGGCUCGGUGAUCGCCGCCUACAUAGAAUCAUUAGCUAAAGACAACAUGGAUAAUCACAUAUCCUUCAUUCAACUCCCACAAGAUGAAACCUUACUAACUCAUGACCCAAAUGAUCCCAUGUUUUUCUUCAACGUAUUCAUCCCUAGUCACUGCAAAUAUGUUAGAAAUGUUGUGGCUGACAUGUCAAGUCAACCGGGUUCGGGUCGGAUCGCAGGGUUUGUCAUUGACAUGUUUUGCACAUGCAUGAUAGAUGUGGCUAAUGAGUUCAAUGUUCCAACCUAUGUUUUCUUCACUUCUAAUGCUGCUUUUCUUGGAUUCAAGUUUUAUAUCCAAACACUCACUGAUGAUAUGAAUAAAGACCUUAUCGAGAUUCAAAACUCGGAUACCGAGAUUUCGGUUCCAAGUUUUGUUAAACCGCUACCGACCAAAUUCUUUUGGGAUCUUGUCCAGACUAGACAAGGGUUGGAUUGUGUUCUAAGUUCCGUACGGAAACUUAGAAAGGUCAAAGCAAUCAUGGUUAAUACAUUCUUGGAAUUGGAAACACACGCGAUAGAGUCAUUGGCUGCUGACAUCAGCAUCCCACCGGUGUAUCCGGUGGGACCCAUACUCAGCCUAGAAGGUGGUUCUGGUGCCGGGAAACGGUUUGAUGAUGACAUUUUUAGGUGGUUGGAUAGUCAACCGCCUUCUUCGGUUGUGUUUUUGUGUUUUGGGAGUUUGGGAAGUUUUGAUGAGGUUCAAGUGAAGGAGAUAGCGCGUGGAUUAGAGCAGAGUGGCCACCGUUUCGUGUGGUCCCUACGUCGACCUCCAUCAGGUGAUCAAACAUCAAUAUUCCCGAGUGAUUACGAGGAUCCGGGAGUCGUACUUCCCGAAGGGUUUUUAGAUCGAACUAGUGGAAUAGGGAAAGUGAUCGGGUGGGCCCCACAGACAGCAGUGCUAUCUCAUAAUGCAGUUGGAGGGUUCGUGUCUCAUUGUGGAUGGAACUCAUUGUUAGAGAGUUUGUGGUUUGGUGUACCAUCGGCAACAUGGCCUAUGUACGCCGAGCAGCAAAUGAAUGCAUUUGAAAUGGUGGUGGAUCUGGGAUUAGCGGUGGAGAUAAAGUUGGAUUAUAGGAAGGAUGUGUUUAAUCCUGAAGCUCAUAACACGGUGGGUGUUGUGACAGCAGGGGAGAUAGAAAGUGGGAUAAGACGAGUGAUGGAGGAUAACGAUGUUAGAACGAAAGUGAAAGAAAUGCGUGUGAAGAGUAGAUCGACAAUGAUGGAUGGUGGUUCGUCAUAUGCAUCGGUUGGUCUUCUUAUUCAGGAUUUUAUAACAAACGUCACUUGCUCAAGUUGAAGUCUCCUUUUUUCUUUGGGAUAAUGUCAAAUAAUUGAUAACAUAAUAUUUUACGUAAUGUAUUUAGAUAGUAUAGUGCUAGUAAUCAUACUAGCUUAUCUGCAUGUGACAAGCUAAAAAGAACUUAAAACUUAAUGAUUAAAGAUUUAAAG